UGUUGUGUUAUGUAUAUGUGUGAUGUAUAGUAUGACGUGUAAGUCUUGUAAAGUGAAUUUUAAUAUUUUUUCAUAACAAGGUAUUAUUAAUAAUUAGUUUUAUUCGAUUUAUUGAUCGUAAUAUUGCCUCUGGUAAUUAUUUAAAUCGUAAUUAUUGUUAAAUACAUUGAGGAUUCAAGUGUCGACGUGUAAAAUGGCGUGGUUCGGUGAUGGACUUUCUAGCUUAUCUAAUUUAAAAGGACAGAUUACUAGUUUUACAAAGGAAGUCCUUUCUGACAGCAUCGUCAAUGAUACUGAUGGAGAGUCAAAGCAGCUGGAAGAAGCUAAUGUUAAGUGCGUUCAAUUACAAGAGUUAUUAAAUUCAAGGGAUGCUGAGAUCUCAGUUCUUCGAAGACAAAAUUGCGAAUUGCAAAAAGCUGUAGUUGAAUCAAAUGUACGAGCUCUUGAAACGCAAGAUGUCAGCGCAGAUGAAGGCGGAGGAUUUUUUUGGGAUCCACCAGCGAGCAAUCGUGAGGUCAAAAGCAAUCAAAAUCAAGUACGUGAACUACAGGAUAAAAUUGAUGAAGCCACCGUGAGAAUUCGUGAAUUAGAAGAAGAAGUUGAAAAAUACAGAAAUAAAUCGAUUGAUAAACUCGAUGAUGUUGCGGAUGGUCAUCAAAAAGCUGAAAUUUUACGGGCUAAACAGGAUAUUGUUAAUCGUAUUAUACAAAUUGGUGAAAAGGGUCGAGAAGCGGAAAGGAACAUGAAGAAACAGCAUUUAGAUGAAUCAACGUUCGUUAAUGAUUUUCGAGCAGCAAUAUCGAAACUUGAUUCUCACGAGCAAAUCCAUUUAAUACGUUGUGCACUCCAUGCAUUGGAGCUUGACAAUGGAAACGAAUUAAAAGACAAUGAUGAUGAAAAAAAAAAUACACUCAAGAAACGUUAUUAUUCUCAACGUUAUCACGACGAGUCUACUAACGGAGUUCACAAUCGCGAGGUUGAUUUACUUGAUAAAAUAAAUAAAUUACAAGAGGAAAACAAAAAUUUGACUGCCAGUAUUGAAGAGUUGGAUCAGCAGCAUUCGCAAUCAAUCGAAAAAGUACUGAGUAUCAAAGAAGAACUUGAAAAAAAACACAAAAGUCUUCAGGCAGCUUACGAAUCACUUUACGUUGAUUACAAUUCAUGUCAAGAUAAAUUAAAUAAAUUAGAAUCGGAAUUUCCAAAUAAUAAUUCAACAAUAAAUGAUUUUACGUCAAAUAAAUUUUCAUCAGAGGAUAAAAAUAUUCAAACAAAAUUAAUCAGUGAUGAGGAAAAAAAUAUUAAUAAUGAAUCAACUCAAACUGAUGAUAAUAAUCAUAUUAAUUUUGAUAUAUUAAUAAAACGUGUCAAUGAUAUUAUAAAAGAUUAUAAUAUAAAACAAGAUGAUGAGGAUGAAACGAUAUUCGAGACAGUGGCUAAGCAUUAUGUGGAAGCGUCAUGGAAAAAAGAUACUCUUGAACGUCAGAUGACAGAGCUAACACAUGAACUUGAGCAGACAAAUCAAAUAAGAGAUAAUUUACAAAUGGAAUGUGAUGAAUUGCAGCAUCAUGUUGAGUCAUUAGAAAUGGAAAUUCAACACGUAAAAUCAAAUUUACCAUCUAUACCUGAAGAAAGCGAAGAAAAAGUCGGUAUGCUUGAAGCUGAAAAUGAAUCCAUGUCACAAGAAAUAAAACGUUUGGAAGCUGAGUGCGAUUUACUUAAUCACAAAAACUCCGAAUUAAUCACGGCAAUGAGUAAUGUCGAGGGUUCCCUGAGAAAUCAAGAAAAUUUAGAGGCUGAAGUCCGUAAUACUAAACAGCAACUGGUGAUAGCGCAGCAGCAGCUGGCGGGUGCAUCUAAAAAUGUCGAGAACAAUGAAAAUAUGAUGGAAGAUCUUAGUCGCCGACUGCACGCUGCCCUGGACGAAAAUAAUGAGCUGAGAAAUAAAAAUGACGCGAUGGAGACCAGGGAGAGACAAAUGCAAGAGCAGCUGAUUAUGUACGAGGGCAAGUGCAAGAGUUUGGAUGAAAAUAUUGAACUUAUUGAAGAGCUUAAGCUGGACAUUAAUAAUGUUAGGAAAGAGUUGAAGCACUCGCUGGAUAAUAACAAGCGAUUGGAGAGUGAAUUGACGAUUGUACAUGAGGCUAAAGGAGAAAUAGAGCGGGAUAUUUUGGCGCUGUCUCAAGAAAAGGAACAAUUGGAGAUGGAGAUGGUGGCGCUGAAAAAUAAUGGGAGGAUUGAUGAGGACAGUAAUUUAAUUAGAGAAUUACGCGAGCAACUGGAUCAAGCCAAUCAUGAGAAAAAUGAUUUGGAGUAUGAUUUAAUGAAUAUGAGAAAAGAAUUGGAUGCUGCGUUGAGUCAAGCUGCUGCUUCUGAAAACGAAUGCCAUAAAUUGGAUGAUGAGAUUAAAAAAUUGUGCGAAGAUAAUAAGAAUGCUUAUAACCAAUUGACUAUUGCCACUGAAGAUUCUAAGGAGAGAUUGGAGCUUUUGUCGCGAGAGUUAAAUUCAUUGCAGCAGGAACACAUAUUUUUGCAAGAGGAAGCAAGAGCUGAUAAAGCUGAGCUGGAUGAAUUGAAAAUAAAAUUUGAAAAAUGCGAGCUACAGUCGCGGGAAUUUGAAAUUAAACUACAGGAAUCUAGAGCUGAGUGUCAAGAAUUCAAAAAUUUGUGUGAAAAUUUACAAUCAAGGGGAAAAAUAGCUGAUGAAUUGGAGAAAGAAAUUUCUAGGCUUGAAGCUGUUGAAGAAAAAUUGAAGGAAAGUGACGAAAAAUACACAGAGAUGGAAGAAAAAUAUAUGAAACUUAAAAAUGUUAAUGAAGAAUUGAUUGUUUAUGAAGAAAAAUAUCUUGAGCUUGAAGAAAAAUUAAAGAGAAUCGAGGAAAAUAAAUCAAAGGAGGAUGUAGACAAGUGUCAUCAGCUUGAGGAAGAUUUGAUGGUACUUUUGAACGAGAAACAAAAAUUAAUAGAGGAUAAAAAAGUUAUUUCAGAUAUUUGUGCGAGUAAAACUGCUGAGUUGGAAUCAUUGAUAGUAGAGAGAAAUGAAUUGAUGGAACAGUUGGCUACACGUUCACAAGAACUACAAUCCUCGAUUGAUAAAUCGCGGGAAGCUGCGGACAUGGCACGUGAAACGAUUGAAAAUCUGUCUGAAAUAGUCAACGAUAAGGACAAAGAAAUAGCGUCGAUUAAGUCAUCGCAGGCCUCUGAUGUUGAGAAGAAAGUUUAUGAGAAUGAAAAUAUUUUGACUUCGUUGAAAGCUGAGCGCGACGAACUUAUUAAACUCGUACAAGUUAAACACAAUGAAAGUUUACAGUACCACGCUGAAAUAAAACGCAUGACUCAAUUGUUUAAUGAACAGGCUACUGCAUUACAAACAUCCGUUGCGGAACGUGAGUCUUAUGAGAAGUUGGUAAAAGAUAAGGAAGCUGAAGUACUGUGGGCACAAAAUGAACUUAAAGUAGUACGUCAACGAUUGAAAAAUCUUGAAGAGUCAACGAAUUACGGUGAAAUUUGUAAUGUUGUUGAGCAUUCAUCUAAAUUAGCUCAACUAUCGAUGCUAAUUGAAAAAUCUAAUGCCCUUGAAGCGGCUCUUGUACAAGAGCAGGCCAGCAAUCGAAUGUUACAAAAUCAAUUAACUGAAAGCCAACAGCGGGAAAACUCGGCAGCACGUGAAUUGGAGAGACUGAGAUCGCAUUUAAUGGAAAUUGAAGAAAAUCACACUGAGGAAAUGCUGAUACUUGAACAGAGUAAAAAAGAAAUGGAAAAUAAGUUAUUGCAAGCUGAAGAACAAUUGAAAAAUAGCUCGAAUGUUUAUACUUCAGCUAAUAUUAGGGCUAAUCAACAGGUUGAAACUCUUCAACAGCAAGUGGCGCUUGUUGCUCAGCAAAGAGAUGAAAUACAAAAUAAAUUGUCGGCUGCUGAGGAUAAAGUUCAAUCUCAAACGGCGGCGCUUACUAAUUUACAAAUUGUCCUUGAACAAUUCCAAAGAGAUAAAGAAAGUGACAUAAGAAAUGCGACAGACAGAAUUCGUCAUCAAUUGAAUGAUUCAUUUAAAAAACAAGAUGAAUUAAAUGAAGAGAUUAAAUUAUUAAAGAAUCAAUUGACAGAAGCGAGAGAAUGUUUACAAGCCGCUUCUCGAUUGAGCGAACAGUUGGAUAAAAAAACUGAAAGAAUACAAGAACUAAAUGAUGAAGUUUCUAAAUUAAAUGAACUUGUUAAUACUGCGGAACAAAGAAUUAAAGAAGCUAAAGAAAGUGGCGCAGGAAAAGUUGAUAAAAAUCUUGUUAAAAAUUUGCUUCUUGGAUUCAUAUCAGCAUCAGCGCCUGACAAACCAUCGGUGUUAAGAGUAAUGGCAACGGUUUUAGAUUUCAAUGAAACUGAGCGUGAUAAAUCUGGUCUCAAUAAUUCAAGUGCACAUGGUGGCUGGUUCUCGGGACUAUUGCACAGCGGAAACCCUACAAAAGAUCAAGAGGCAUCUCUAUCUGCUGCAUUUGUUAGAUUUCUGGAAAGCGAAUCCAAGCCAAUGUCUUCUGUCCCAGCUCUGCCAAUUUCCAACACGCCUAUAACUCGACCAGGACACAGUAGACAGCACUCAACAUCAUCAACUCAUUCCGGUGGUCUCUUGCUGUCCAAUAUGACACUUCCAUCUUUUCCAGAUUUCGUAGCACCCAGAAAUACUGGGUCGAUAUUAAAAGAAGUUUUGAAAGACAGUUGAUAUUAAUUAUCAUUUAUCAUUUAUUAUUAUUAAUUAAUUAAUUGUAAAUAAUUAUUGAUUAUCAUUUCAAGUCUCGGAAAUUUUAGUACUGCUCUAGAAUUCAAUUUAAAAAAUUAAAAAAAAAUUAUAGCCUUGAAUUAUCUUCCAUAAAAUUAUGACACUGAAGUUAGCAGACGUCUGAUAAUUUUUUGAUUUUUUUUAAAACGAUUAAUAAAAAAAAAAAUAUUUUAAAAAAUUGCACCUAUAGUUUUUUCAAUUUUCUACAUGUGCAUAUUUUUAGUUUAUUUUUUUUUGUAAUUGAUUUGGUGAAUAAAAAAUCUAAAAAUUUUUUAUUGUCUAUUAACUUCAGGAUCAUAAAUUAUUGCUGCUUU